AUGUGUAAACUGAGUUUCUGCACGAGACUACCCCCAAAUAUACUACCGCAGAUUAAAAACGAGUAUCACCCCAAGGAUCUUACGCGCGCUUGGAAGCAGGAGCAGAGGGAGGUACUGCAGCCUCUGGAGCAGAGGGAGGUACUGCAGCCUCUGGAGCAGAGGGGGGUACUGCAGCCUCUGGAGCAGAGGGAGGUACUGCAGCCUCUAGAGCAGAGGGAGGUACUGCAGCCUCUGGAGCAGAGGGAGGUACUGCAGCCUCUGGAGCAGAGGGAGGUACUGCAGCCUCUGGAGCAGAGGGAGGUACUGCAGCCUCUGGAGCAGAGGGAGGUACUGCAGCCUCUGGAGCAGAGGGAGGUACUGCAGCCUCUGGAGCAGAGGGAGGUACUGCAGCCUCUAGAGCAGAGGGAGGUACUGCAGCCUCUGGAGCAGAGGGAGGUACUGCAGCCUCUGGAGCAGAGGGAGGUACUGCAGCCUCUGGAGCAGAGGGAGGUACUGCAGCCUCUGGUUCAGAGGGAGGUACUGCAGCCUCUGGAGCAGAGGCAGGUCUACAUCACAAAAAGCUGA